AUUGUUAAAAGUUGAAAGUGAGGCUGUGGGAAUGCCCUCUGUCUAUAUAUGGACAUCCUCUUUCCUUCUACAAACCUAACCCAGAUUUCGUUUUCCUGUUUAGUGAGAAAAGAAACUGUUCACUGUCAGAGUUGACCAAUGAGCAAACGUCUGCUAAGAUUUCCAACCAAUAACACUUCAGAAAUUGAAAGGGAAAGUAACCCAGUGUAUAUAAAAGCUGCUGGAUGGCAGUUUGGUUAGCAGACAUGUGGUACAGCAGAAAGCAGCGCUUGACAGAGAAAUCAGGAGCUAUGAAGCGCCUACCAGAAAAUAUUAAGGUGCUUUACAUUGCCAGUGACUGUAUGGAGCCUUAUGUUGAGAUCAUCACUGUGAAAGACUCCAAACGCCGCCAGAGUCUGUGCAGCUCAGAUGACUCUGAGGCAGAAGAGCCCAGUUACAACGAUGUUCUCCCUGUCCUCAGCGACCACAGCCUUCUGCUAGAUGACCACCACUUGGAAAAACUUGCUGCUCACAUGCCAGCAAGGACCCAGGGUUAUCCAUGGCAGCUGGUCUACAGCACAGCCAUCCAUGGGAGCAGCCUGAAGACUCUGUACAGGAACAUGGCUGAGGUGGACAGCCCUGUGCUGCUGGUGGUCAAAGACAUGCACAAAAAGGUGUUUGGGGCUUUUUCUUCAGAUCCAUUCAGAGUCAGUAAAUACUGCUACGGUACCGGAGAAACCUUCUUGUUCAGCUUCAAUCCCGACUUCCAGGUAUACAAGUGGAGCGGGGUGAACUCGUACUUUGUGAGUGGAAACUGGAAUUCAUUGCAGCUCGGUGGAGGAGGGAGUGGCUUUGCCCUGUGGCUGGAUGCUGAUCUGUACCGUGGUUCCAGCUUUUCCAGUCCAACUUUUCACAAUGCACCUCUCUCCACAAAUGAGGACUUUAUUGUACAAGACCUGGAGGUCUGGACUGUGCAGAAUUGACUGUGAACAUCUAAAAAGCCGAGCUAAAAACAAAGCAGGACCUGUUGUUCUGUGUGGAGCUCCCACACUUCAAGGCGUGUGUGCCGUUUAGCCACUACUGUACGUAUCCUGGUGGAGCGUCUGCUGUCGUCUGUGCACCUGGUUCAAAGUUCCUCUUGUACAGUAUGAAUCCAGCUGACGGGGCUCUCGGGCUUUCUGCCUGCUGGAGCUGUGCCUAUUGAAGACGAGUGCCUCCCUGAAAUCGUGUAGUUCAGGGUCAUGCCACUUCAGCUACUGGCUGCUCACCAGCAUCUCUGUGCUAAGCCCAGUCAGUAACUGGCACCUGAAGCUCAAAGACCUCCUAGACUUUCUCUCUGAUUAAAGAGAGCAGCAUUGAAUGAAAAGUUUGCAGCUGCUGUAAUGAGAUUCAAGAUUUAAGAAAGAAUCUAUUUUUAUUUUAUUUUUACAUCAAUGCAUAUUUAUAAAAAGACGAUUUUAAAAGGAUUUUUUACAGUUUGCAUCUUUGUUGAAGUGUCAGUGUGUUGUCAUAUUAAAUUAAGUAUUUAAGAGUAAAAUCACUGUAACACUGGUAGGACCAAAAACAGCUGAUCUGGUUUUAACAUUUUCCAUGUAAGUGAGGACCAAAAUAGAAGCGUUGAAAAUAAUAAGGACAACAUUGCACUACAAAAGCUGAUUGUCUGCUAGAUGUGCUGCUUGAGGAAGAAGGGACCUUAACUGAAAAAUGGAAGUUCUGCUUUAUGUAAAUGAAGCAACCAGCCUGUGAAAAACACUUUGAAUAAAACGUCAAACACAUGGAUUUGACGUCAAGUACACAGAUGUUUAUCAUCUGUGUAUUUAAAUACGCUGUUCAGGAAAUGGUAAAAAAAUGGUAUAUGACUGUCAGGCAGUGCUGGCGCUGCCACUGUUUUCUUGUGAAAUCACAUUAAAAGUUUGUGUUUCCUGUUA